CCACAAGCACCACACACAAGCACAAUGGCAUCAGCACCAGCAUACGCAUACACGUACGAAGCGUCCCUCGUCGCCGUCGAGGCGGGCGCGCACGAGCUCCCCCAAGGACGGCGCGGCAAGUCCCUCGCCACUCUGAUCGAAGGCACAAGCAACAUCCACCUCGUCGACGAGGACACUACGACGGCGUGGGUCAAGCUGUCGCCCGUCGACGAGAGCCGCCUGUCGGUCGGCCUCCGCGCGACCUUCGAAGACUCGCCGGAGCUCGACACGCUCAUCGACGCACUCAACGCCAGCAGCGUGACCCAGCUCAGCGUGCAUAUCCGGCGCGUGGUCCUCCUUCCAAGCGCCGACGGGCCGCCAACGCAAGUCAGCGCAUGCUACUGCCCCUCGAAAGCCCUCGAGGCCGUCCUGACCCGCCUGUUCGCGCGGCUCCGGCUGCCGUCCCUGCGCGCGCUGUACCUCCAGAGCGGGCAACAAGUGCCCACGGCGCCGCUCGCCGCGUUCCUCUCGAGCUCGAGCUCAGCGCACCUAUCAGAGCUGACGCUCUCGCCGUACUUCCGCACCGUGGACUCCCUCGCGCUCGUGCUCGACGCGAUAAAGUCGCGCCACCAUGCGCUGUCGCGCGUGAGCUUGGGCGGUCGCAAGCUUGGGAGCUGGGACGACGAAUGGGCAGAGUACGGAUGCUGCGCGUGCGCAUGGUUUGCGCGCAUGGCCGCGCCGCCGGACCCGGCGAAGCCGCUCCUCGACGAGCUGGACAAGGUACUCCAGGCGCGCGGCAGUGCCAACGCGCGCGUGCGGCGUGCUUUCCGCGCCAGCUUGACGCCCGCGCGCGUGCUCCUCAAUGCGCGCCCGGCAAGCCGGACGCCAACGGGGCUGAAUAUCGCCGACCUGCCAGGCGAGGUGUUGGCCGACAUUGUCCGCGCGUGCGGCGACGAGCAGGCGCUCAGCGAUAGCCAGUUCGCGGCGCUGUGCCGGCUUUCGUCGCGCGACGAGGCGGCGCGGCUAGCGAGCGCGAACAUCGACGCGGUCAAGCUCGCGACCAUCCCCGACCCAGUCGACCCCGACGCGCCGGGGCCCAGCUCGGCCCCAAUGACGCCGCCGAGCGCGUUCACCUCCCCCGAGGCCAAGGCCGCCUUCGGCACCGCGAUGGAAGCAUAUCUCGCCUCGGCGGGGUUCUGGUGGGACCGCGCCUUGCCGGCGCCAUCGACGAAGGGCAUGUCCGCGUGGGGGCUCAGCGCGGCGACAACGCCGGCGGCACAGCCGCUUGUUGUUGAGGGCCGGAGCUGUGCCGGCGUGCCGAGCAGUGUGUGUGAGGCUGCUGCUGUGCGGCCUGUUGCGGUGUAGCUGCGUCGGGCCUAGCAUAGACGAGCAGUUAGUUGGAAGCAUAAGUGUGAAGUAAAGCAAACCAUGUAUCGUUGUCACCUUGUUGUUGCCCGACUUCGCGCCGCCGCGCCGACAACGAGCCGAGCGAGGUGGGGCCCGACGGCCGAGUCCCUGUGCCGAACCACACACCGACAACACAGCUUACUUAUCGCACCGGCACAACUCCGCACCACUUACUCUCUUCACUUUCCUCACAACACGACAC